AUGCCCGCUGCUUCUACUUCUACUACUUCGUCUUCAAAUGCAUUAUCAUACUCAUCAUCUGUCGAAAAGGCUAUUGUAACAAUAGAUCAACAUGCCACAUUAAUGAAUCAAUAUCUAGAAGAUGAUCACCUAUUACUGGCAUUAAAACAUGCUACUAUCAUGUUAACUGAAUUAAGAAAUCCAAACUUAUCUCCGAAAGAUUAUUAUCAACUUUAUUUACAAUGUUUUGAUCCAUUAACAAAUUCAUUAUCAAAAUAUCUUCGAACUCAAUCUCAAAAUGAUAAAAUCGAUUUGUAUGAAAUUUACGAAUUCGUUCAAUAUACGGGCAACAUUUUACCAAGAUUAUAUCUUAUGAUCAUUGUAGGAAUAAAUUAUUUACAAUUUGUUGAAGAUUUAAACACAAAGAAUGAAAUUUUAAAAGAUUUAAUGGAAAUGAUGUUAGGUGAACAACAUUCCAUUAGAGGAUUAUUCUUAAGAUAUUUUUUCAUUCAAUUCUUUUUCUCAUUUUCAAAAACUCCUCAAGAUAAUGUUUUUGAAUUAAUCGCCUUUCAUCCAAAUCCGAAUGACCCCCCAUUAUCAUCAUCAUCAUCAUCAACAUCACUUGAUCAUGAAAAUGACGACGAAGAAUUGAAAUUUAUAAUCACUGAAAUACUAAUGAAAAAUUUUAUUGAAAUUAAUAAAUUAUGGAUUAAAAUACAAUUCCAUGGUCCAUCAAGUCAAAAACAUCAAAGACAUAUCGAAAGAAAUGAAUUGAAAACUUUAGUUGGAUUCCAAAUUGUCAAAAUUUCAGAAUUAUUACCACCACCACCAUCAUCACCACCAUCUUCUUCAAAAGACGGUGUGUCAACCUCAUCCACGUCGUCGAUUAAGAUAUUGAAAAAUGAUUUCUUACCAUUAUAUUUACAAAAUAUAAUUCAAUGUAACGAUUCAUUAUCACAAGAAUAUUUAAUCGAUAUUUAUAUUCAAAUUUUCCCCAUUGAAUUCAUUUUGAAAAAUUUGGAUCAAUUAUUACUAACCAUUAUAAACUUAUCACCUCAUGUCUCCAUUGAUAUUAUAAUAAUCAAUCUUAUUGAGAAAUUUAGAACGACCUCAAACAUCGAAAGUGAAGAUGAUAAAACUAUCGCAAUACUUGUGGAAGAUAAUUUAUUAUUUGAAAAAUUUUAUAAUUUCUUAAUUAAAUAUAUUCAACAGAAAACUAUGCAGACACAAAUCUCUGCAGACAGUGACGAAGGCAACAACAAUAAGAUAGGAACUAGACCAAGAAUAUUAUUGUUAUCGUUACUUCCAUUAUUUGAUCAUAUAAUUCAAUUAACUUUAUUUUGGUAUCCAAACAAUUUCGAAAAUUUAAAUAAAAUUUUCGAAGUAAUGAAGGAUAACUUAAAUUUAAUUGAGUUUAAUAAUAAACAAAAUAUAAUUCAAAUUCGUCAAUUAUUAACUUUCCAUAAUUUAACAUUGAAUGCAAAUGGGAAAGAAGCCAUGGGAUUUAUCAUCGAUUCUAAUUUCCUACUGAAAUUAAUUACCAACUCUGAAUCGUAUAAAUCAUUAAUAAUCGAUUCUCUGAGUAAUUAUCGAUCUUUACAAUAUGAUAUAUUAAUUGAAUUGGUUUCUGCAUUUAUUGAAAAUGAUAUUGAAUUACAAUUAGAAUCUAUCGAUCAAUUACAAAAAAUUUAUACCUAUCUUCCAACCACUACUAAAUAUACCGUAUCAUCUUCCUACACAACAAAAAGUUUCCAAAUUUAUUCAUUUAAUUAUGAAUUCUAUAUUAUCACCUCCACGAAAAAAAAUCAAGAACUAAAAUAUAUCACUAUCGAUUCUCAAAUUGACAUAUUGAUCAAUUUGAAAAAUUGGUUAUUAAAAAGUACAAAGAAAACUAUGUUAGACAAUAACGAAUUACAGCAUCAUCAUAAUCAGCAUUAUAGUAGUGGACAAAAUAAAAACAAUAUAUGGGGAAUAUAUCCAUCCAUUAUAACAUCAUUUUGGAGAAUAAUUAAUAAAUGUCAUAUUUUAAAAUCUAAACAAAUUAAUGACAAAUUUAAAUUAAGAUAUAAUCAAUUAAUAAUAAACUUAUUCAAACAUCUUUCGAAAUUCAUCAACGACAUCCUAGUCAAUCCAUCAUUCUCAUCAUCAUCAUCGUCAUCAUCGUCAUCCUCGUCGAAUAAUUUACAAGAGAUCUUUAAAUUGAUCUUGAGGACAUCAACUUUUGCUCAAAAUAUUCAACAAUUUGAUAUUGCAAAUGAUUUCAUCACUCAAAGUUUCAUCAUUUUGGAAGAUCAAUUAAAUUCAGAUUCAUCAAUACAAUAUGAGUCGUUGCUCUUACUAAUCAGGACAUUAAAUCAACUCAAAACAAAUAAUGCAAAUAACGGUAACGAAGUUAUGAAUGAUUUACGUAUAAGAUGUGUAUCUAGAUGUUCUAAAUUAUUGAAAAAGAAACAUCAAUGUAGAUCAAUAUAUCUAUGUUCAUAUCUUUGGAGUAAUGAUAAUGAUGUUAAAGAUAAAGAUGAGUCGAAUCAAGGAGCGAGGAAAUAUAUCAUGGAAUGUAUACAACGAUCCAUAAGAAUUGCUGAUUCAAUAAUGGAUGGAUUAAUAAGUUGUCAAUUAUUAAUUGAAAUUUUAAAUCAAUGUAUUUACUUUAAUACCAAGGCAUUAAGUGAUGGUGUUUUUGUCAUAUUCAAUGAGAAAUUCAUGAGUUCCCUUAUUGAAUUAAUUAAGAAAUCAAUAGAAUCAUUACAAAAUGACCAAGAUAACUAUGAUCAAGACAUGAUAAAACCAUUACGAUUUAUAUUUACAUUAAAUGAUCAAGUUAUUGGGUAUGAGAUGGGAAAAAUUUCAUUUGUUUCUAAAUUGGUAGCACCUGAUUUCCAAUCUAAAUAUGUUAACGAAAUGAUUCAAUCAGUGGAUGAAUAUUUCAACAGAACAUGUAAAUAUAUUGAAAAUAUAGAACAUAUCGAAGUAUAA